AUGAGCACCAAUUUCCGCCCCCAUGUUGCUCAUCGCCACGACUUCCUCCCUAACGACAAGGUCCGGCUUGAGACCCCGCUCGACGGCAUGCCGUACAAGCUGACCAUGGCCACCAACAUUAACAAGCUUGACUUUGACAAUAUACACUCCACAUGCUUCAAGGUCAUUGGGGGAGACAUCAUCGGCAUUGAGCACGGUGAGGGGCCCGCGCCGCUGGCGGCGAGCAAAAUCCCAAAUGCGACCGAGGUCGGCACCGACGAACAGCUGGUCGAUGCUCUUAUCAAGGCGGGCGUCCUCAAGGCGACCUGA